AUGGAUGAAACAAGUUUUUGUUUCCUUUCUGUAAGAACUAAAUCCUCACAGUUACGGCGGUACUACAAUUCGCCAUUAUCACAAGAAAAUUUGGCAUUAAAUAAACCUACAUGGCAAAGCACAAGUCACGACCCUUCAUUCAGUGGCUCUCAAAAAGCUGUUGAUGGACAAAAAUCCGAUCUCUCUUAUGGUGGAGGACAGUGCAGUGUAUCGAGAAAUGGGGAAACAACUGCCACGUGGUGGGUUAAUCUAGAGGGAGUCCGAGGCAUAAACUUCAUAGUCAUUUAUUACAGAACAGACAACGUCUUUUGGAGUUCUUCAAAUGAUUAUACAACAAGAUUUCUAGGAUUCCGCGUGUAUAUUUCAAAUACAACAGACAGAGGUGAUGGCGCUUUAUGUUUCCAUGAUACAACCUACACCAGGGCGACGAUACCGGCCGUCGCCAACGUAAGCUGUCCUGUACAUGGACAAUACGUCAUCUAUCAUAACGAAAGACUUCCGGGUGAAAGUUAUCCGUCUGGAUAUUCACAAUAUGCCUUCUCUGAGCUUUGUGAAGUCGAGGUUUAUGGUUGCUCCGACCCUACACACUAUGGAUCAGAUUGUUCUCAGUCAUGUCCAACAAACUGCGUGCAGUAUUGUCAUAUAGAAUCAGGACAGUGUUCGCAAUGUGCGCCUGGUUACAAGGGUGGGUGGUGCGAGCAGGAAUGUGAUGGUGGAUUCUAUGGAAAUAAUUGCAGCAUGCUUUGUGGAAAUUGUUUAAACUCAGAACAAUGCCAUCCCAUUAACGGGACAUGUAUGAGUGGAUGUUUUGAAGGAUAUAAGGGGACACUUUGCAGUGAAAUCUGUGAAUAUGGAACAUUUGGACGUAACUGUCUGGAGACGUGUAACAGUACGUGUUAUGGCUGUAACAGAACAAACGGUAAAUGUGACACAGGGUGUCAUCCAGGAUGGAAUGGUGAAUAUUGUCAUCAAGAAUGUGAUGAUGGAUUCUUUGGUCAGAAUUGUAGUUUGGGUUGUGGAAUUUGCAAAAAUAAAGAAAGGUGUCAUCCGAUUAAUGGGACAUGUUUAAAUGGCUGUUCUACAGGAUAUGAGGGACAAAUAUGCAACAAAACAUGCACAGAUGGAUUCUUCGGCGAAAAUUGUGUCAACAAUUGUAACGAAACAUGUAGAGGAUGUAAUAGGACAAAUGGUGUUUGUGAGAAUGGAUGUCAUCCUGGAUGGCAGGGAGAAUUCUGUCAUGAAGAAUGUGAUGAUGGAUUCUUUGGUGAUCAAUGUAAUACGGCUUGUGGACAUUGCAAGAAACCAGAGGAAUGUCAUCGAAUAAAUGGGACAUGUUUGAAUGGAUGUUCUGGGGGAUAUGAAGGACAGUUCUGCAACAAAACAUGCACAGAAGGAUUUUUUGGAAAAAAUUGUGUCAACAAGUGUAACGAUACAUGUAAAGGGUGUAACAGAACAAAUGGUGUUUGUGGGAAUGGAUGUCAUCCUGGAUGGCAGGGAGCAUUCUGUCAUGAAGAAUGCGACAAUGGAUUUUAUGGAAUUGAUUGCAGCCAGCUUUGUGGAAAAUGUUUUAGAUUAGAACAAUGUCAAUCAAGUAAUGGGACUUGUAUAGAUGGCUGUGAUGAGGGCUAUAAAGGGAAUUUUUGCAAUGAAACCUGUGAAAGUGGGACUUUUGGACAUAACUGUCUGGAGACAUGUAACAGUACUUGUUAUGGUUGUAACAGAACAAACGGUAGAUGUGACACAGGGUGUCAUCCAGGUUGGAAGGGUGAUUAUUGUCAUCAAGAAUGUGACGGUGGAUUCUAUGGAAAUAAUUGCAGCAUGCUUUGUGGAAACUGUUUAAACUCGAAACAAUGUCAUCCCAUUAACGCGACAUGUAUUAGCGGUUGUGAUGAGGGGUAUGAAGGGAAUUUUUGCAACAAAUCCUGCGAAGUCGGAUAUUUUGGACGAAACUGUCUGGAGACGUGUAACAGUACGUGUUAUGGCUGUAACAGAACAAACGGUAAAUGUGACACUGGGUGUCAUCCAGGUUGGAAGGGUGAUUAUUGUCAUCAAGAAUGUGAUGAUGGAUUUUUUGGAGAGCGUUGUAAUCUGCCUUGUGGGCAUUGUAAAACAUCGGAAGAAUGUGACCCUGUAAAUGGGACUUGUUUAAGUGGAUGCUCCAGUGGAUAUGAAGGGAACCUCUGCAAUAAAACAUGCAUAGAUGGAUACUUUGGAGAAAAUUGUGCUCACAAGUGUAACAAAACCUGUAAAGGAUGUAAUAGGACAAAUGGUGUUUGUGAGAAUGGAUGUCAUCCUGGAUGGCAGGGAGAAUUCUGUCAUGAAGAAUGCAGUGAUGGAUAUUAUGGAAUUGAUUGUAGCUUGCUUUGUGGAAACUGCUUAAGCUCAGAACAAUGUCAAUCAAUUAAUGGGACUUGUAUGAAUGGUUGUGAUGAAGGUUAUGAAGGAUAUUUGUGCAAUAAAGCCUGCAAAAACGGAACAUUUGGACGAAACUGUCUGGAGACGUGUAACAGUACGUGUUAUGGCUGUAACAGAACAAACGGUAAAUGUGACACAGGGUGUCAUCCAGGAUGGAAGGGUGUAUACUGCCAUCAAGAGUGUGAUAAUGGAUUCUUUGGCGAUCAAUGUAAUACGGCUUGUGGACAUUGCCAAAAAUCAGAAGAAUGUCAUCCAAUAAAUGGAACGUGUUUGAAUGGAUGUUCUGGGGGAUAUGAAGGACAGUUCUGCAAUAAAACAUGCACAGAUGGAUUCUUUGGCGAAAAUUGUGUCAACAAGUGUAACGAUACAUGUAAAGGGUGUAACAGAAUAAAUGGCAUUUGUGAGAAUGGAUGUAUUCCUGGAUGGAAAGGAGAAUUCUGUCAUGAAGGCAAGGCCCGUUACCAUGGCAUGUUGAAAGAAAUUUGUUAUCUGCAACGAUUGCAAUAA